AUGGGGCCGCUCUGCUGGCUGCCCCUGUUCACGCACCUGGUGCUGCUGCUGCCGCCGGGCACCUGGCCCAGAGGCCCCAUUAGGGUCUUCGUGGUGCCCCACAGCCACAUGGACGUGGGCUGGCUCUACACCAUCAAGGAGAACAUGCAUCUCUACGUCAAGGACGUGUACGCCACGGUGGUGCAGGAGCUGACGCUCAGCCGGCACCGGCGGUUCAUCUCCGUGGAGCAGGAGUACUUCCGGCUGUGGUGGGACUACUACGCCUCAGGGAAGCAGAAGAAUCAGGUUCAUAGGCUUGUGGCCAGCGGACGCCUGGAGUUUGUCAUCGGAGGCCAGGUCAUGCACGAUGAGGCUGUGACCCACUUUGAUGACCAGAUCCUACAGCUCACAGAAGGGCACGGCUUCCUCUAUGAGACGUUCGGGGUCCGGCCGAGGUUCUCCUGGCAGGUUGACCCCUUUGGCGCUUCGGCCACCACGCCCACCCUGUUUGCCCUGGCGGGGUUCAACGCCCACGUCAUCUCUCGGAUCGACUAUGACCUGAAGGAGGCCAUGCAGAAGGCUCAGGAGCUGCAGUUCGUGUGGCGAGGGUCCCCGUCCCUAGCCAAGCGGCAGGAAAUCUUCACGCAUGUCAUGGACAAGUUCAGCUACUGCACGCAUGGGCCUGUUACUUGGGAAGAUUCGCUUUUCUCCGCAGAAUUAAUCCAGAAUGGGUUCGAUCCUGAAGACCGUGAGUUUUACUUCGACCUCAAAAAUCACAUGCAGGUCCUGGUGAAGGACAUGAAGCUGCGGGCCACCUGGUUCCGGACCCCACAUGUCCUCUGGCCUUGGGGCUGUGACAGGACAUUUUCCAAUGCGACGCUGCAGUUUACCAACAUGGACCGUCUGCUGGACUUCAUCAACAUGUGGACCUUCAAGCACGGCGUCACCGUGGAGUACGCCACCCUGAGCACGUACUUCAACGCCGUGCACGCUCACCGUGACGUCUGGCAGGUCCGCGACCACAGGGACUUCCUGCCCUACUCCUCAGCACCUUCGGAAGCCUGGACCGGCUUCUACACGUCCCGCAGCAGGCUGAAGGGGCUGGCGAGGCGGGCCAGCGCUCUGCUCCACGCCGGCGAGUCCAUGUUCACGCGCUACAUGUGGCCGGCCCCCCGCGGCCGCCCGGACCCUGGCUGGGCGCUGAGGCAGCUUCAGAAGCUCCGCUGGGCAGUCUCCGAGGUCCAGCACCAUGAUGCCAUCUCCGGGACGGAGGCCGUCCACGUGAGUGACAUGUUUGUGAAACACCUGAACGUAGGGAUGCAGGUCGUCCACAAGCUGAUGACCUCCAUUGUCCUGAAAGGGACCCAACGCCCAGCCGGUAAGCGAGGCCCAGCGGGGUGGGGCCCAGAGUCUGAGGGAUACCUCGCCGUGGUCUACAAUCCCCUGGCCUGGACUGUCACCACUAUUGUCAACCUGACUCUGGGCUUCUCCACGGUCAACGUCACGGAUGAGACAGGCCGCCCCGUCAGCACACAGGUCCAGAAAUCGAAGGAGCUGCCAUCUAAAUAUGUCCUGUAUAUGCUGACCACGAUCCCAGGCCUCAGUUACCGACGCUAUUGUAUCAGGCCCACCAAGGAGGACCAGGAGCACGGUCAAAUAACACGCAUCACCAUGCCUGUCCCUUCCAGGUUUCCCCUCAGGCGAAGGGGACGCCCGAGGCCCAGCUGCAUGGGCCUGGUGUCUGUUACGAACGAGUGCUACACUGUCUUUCUCGACCAGGAUACCAACCUGAUGCACAGCAUCUGGGACAGACAGAGCGGCCAGACAGUCCUCGUGGACCAGGAGUUCCUGGAGUAUGAGGUCCACGGCAAUAUAGAUCGUGGCCCCGUUUCUGAUAACUAUAAGUUUCGGCCUAAACACCGCGCAAAACCGCUGUGGGAGGUGGUGAGAAUGGAGGUCGUGCGCGGGCACCUGGUGACGGAGAUCCGGCAGUACUUCUACAGGACGGUAAAAGCCAAGAAUUACUCCUACGCCAUCUACACCCGCCUGGCCCACGUGCCCCGGGGCCGUGACCAGGAGCUGCUCUGCCAUCGCAUAGAGCAGGAGUACUGGGUGGGCCCCUUGGAGCGGAACCAGGAGGUCAUCCUGAGGACCAGAACCGAUCUGCGCAGCGGGCAGGUGCUCCACUCGGACAGCAACGGCUACCAGAUGCAGCGGAGGCCCCACCGGACCUUCGCCACCAACAGCAUCGCUCGGAACUACUACCCCAUGGUUCAGUCGGCCUACAUCGAGGACCAGAGGAGCAGGCUGGUGCUGCUGUCGGAGCAGGCACACGGUGUCUCCAGCCAGGGCGAAGGGCAGGUGGAGGUCAUGCUGAACCGGCGACUCUGGAACAACCUGACGCUUUCUCUGCUGUACAAUCUCACGCUGAACGAGGUCUCGACCAUUCACCCGGUGUUCUGGCUCCUGCUGGGACCCCAGAAAGAGAUGACCUCCCUGCGCCCGAGGGCUGGGCUGGCCCUGCAGCACCGGCCUGUGGUGGUGUUGGCCAACCUGAGCAGUGAGGAGCCGAGGGGCCAGGGAGGCCCUGGGGCGGAGGCUGUGACGCUGCCCCCAAGUCUCCACCUGCAGAUCCUGAGCAUCCCCGGCUGGAACUACAGUUCCAACCACACGGAGCAUCUGCGGAAUCUCCACAAAGGCCGCCACAGGAAGCCCAAGGCCGACCUCCGCCGCGUCCUGCUGCGGCUGCACCACCUGUACGAGGUGGGGGAGCACCCAUCCCUGUCUCGGCCGGUGAGGGUGAAUCUGAAGGCCCUGCUGCGGGGGCUGGGCCCCGUGGUGGCUGUGGAGGAGCGCUCCCUCACGGGGACCUGGAACGUGAGCGAGCUGGAGCGCUGGAGGUGGAGGACGAAGGACAGAGGCGGCUCCAGGCCCCCAGGCCCCCAAGGCCCUGUCGUCACCAUCCGCCCGAAGGAAAUCCGGACAUUCUUCAUCCACUUUGGAAAGCAGUGA